AUGGCAGAGAAGUCUUCAGAUGAAGACAGGGGCUGUGAAUGUGGAGUUUGCCUUAUCGACUUCCUUCAGAGCUCCUCACAAACCCCUAUCUGGCAGUGCAGGGAAGGGCACGCUUACUGUUCAGCAUGCUACGACAAGGUGCGGUGGGUUCUUGCACAUGCGAGGAGUGUUGACUUGGAGCAGAUGGGCAGGGAGGAUGCUGUAUGUCCUAUCUGCAAUGUGAGGAUGGGAAGCAUCAGAAACCGCGCCCUCGAGAAGCUAAGGGAUCGUACUCUCCGUCCAAAGGCCCCGGAGGACUCCUGUGGAUCCUCCGAGAGGAAAGGGGUCGACCAUGGCGGCUUCAAGUUCUCUGAUCCGUUUCGGCACACGGCGACCGGGUGGUCCAUGCCGUCUGCCCCCCCUCCCUUUGCUUUCUCUCAGCAGUUUUCCUUCGGGGGCUUUCAGAAUUCUUCGCAUGUACCGCCUUUCGCUCCAGCUCCAGCUCCAGCUCCAGCUCCAGCUCCUUCUUCUACUCCAGCUCCAGCUCCAGCUCCAGCUCCAGCUCCAGCUCCAGCUCCCUCUUCCACUCCAGCUCCAGCUCCAGCUCCAGCUCCAGCUCCAGCGUUUUCUUCCGCUCCAGCUCCUGCUCCUGCUCCUGCUCCUGCUCCCGCUCCCGCUCCCGCUCCCGCUCCAGCUCCAGCUCCAGCUCCUGCUUCUUCUGCUCCCCCUUCUGUCCCUCCUGCUUUUUCUGCGCAUCCUGCUCACCCGCCUGCAGCUUCUUCUGCUCCCCCUCCUGUCCCUCCUACUUUUUCUGCCCCUUUCUCCACGUCCUCGUUUCCGAACCCCAAGAGAAAGCCGAAAGCUGGAGCAAGAGGGAGGGGGCAGCCACGGAAAGGCUGCCCGUCCAACGAGGACGGGUUUGUGUUUGAGAUUUCAGACCUCCUCAGGAAUACCUUCUUGCAUCCGCAAGGGCCGGCGUAUCCUCCCGGAGCCUCCUGUCAUGACUUUCCCGCCUCCUCCUCCUCCUCCUCCUUCUCGUUCUCCUCGACACCGUCUGGCUCCAGCAUGCCUCAGCAGUCAGCAACUCAGGGAUCUGACUUGCCGCCAGGCCCUGGGGGAGGAGACGAGGGGUGCGGGGUAGCAGAAGGAGAGAGCGCUGCUCCGAUGCGAAAGAACAAGAGCAAAGGCCAGCGGAAGAAGACCGUUCAGAGGAAGGAGGGGUCUGACUUCACCUCUACCGAGAGCUUUGUCUUUCAUCCUCCCCCAAACUUCUCCUUCCCCCAGCCGAGCUCCUCUGGCUCCACCGGGCAGAGUAGCAACUUCAGUUCGGUGCCGUCGGAGGAGCAGAAGUCGAGAGGGGACAGGGAAAAGGCCGAGUUCGGUGCUCAGCAGCAGUACAGUUCCCCCCCGAAUCAUAGCAAGGCAUGUGGCACGAAGAGAACUUGGCGGAAGGCGAGGCGAGAUAUGAAGGAAGACAAGCAAGCUACUAGCUUUCAGUUUGAAGUUCCUAAAGCUGCCGGGGGAGGAGAAGCAGGAGGAGGAAAUGCAGCAGCAGGCACUAGUAGUACCUUCUUUGACUUCCAGACCUACGCAGAGCUGGUUGACCGCGCGGGCCCGACCGCCACAGCAGCUUUCAUCGCUAGGAACCCAGGCGUGUCGCUGUCAGUUCUGCUGGAGAUGGUGAAAGAGCGAGAGAAGGCGAAGGAGGAGGAAGUGAAGACGAAGAAAGAGGGGAAGGAGAAGGAGAAGGAGAAGGAGAGGGAGAAGAAGAAACAAGACGCACCGUCGCAGGAAGUUGAUGAGCAGAAGACGUGUCUGGAACUUCGGAAUCAAGGAAACAAUCUCUACAUGAAAGGACUCUAUUAUCAAGCUUGCAGCGUCUACUCGCAGGCAAUUUCCAUUGGAAUGUUCGUUGACGCGAAACUUCAAUCUGUCCUGCUCAACAAUCGAGCUGCUAGCCUGCACAAGCUCAACAGGUUGCAGGAAGCUUAUGAUGACUGCCGGUCGGCGAUAAAUCUCGACGGAGAAAACGGGAAGGCGAUAGCGCGUGGCGCUAAUUAUGCAGGAGAGUUGGGACUUUUCAAUGAGAGCAAAGAGCUCUUCAAAAGAGCGACACAGUUUUUCCCUGAGUCUGCAGACAUGGUCAAGUCCGUCAAGAAGAUGGAGUCGCUUGCCGAGCAGGUAGACAAGGCUCGCUCGCUGCUGUUGGACGGGGAGGGAUCGCGAGCGAAAGCAUGCUUGCGCGAGCCGGCCCAUCACGCCUGCGGGGAGCAUGACGAGGCCCUGCGAAUGUGCACGGCGAUGGAGGAGAAGGGGCAGGGGGACCUGGAGGUGAAGCUCCUCAUGAGCAAGUCGAUGGCAGCAGGAGGGAGGCUGCAGGAGGCGAUCGCUAAGAUGCACGAGAUGCUCAAGUUGGACCCCGAGUAUCGCGACUGCAAGCAGGAGCUCAAGGACCUGAAGAGGAUGGAGGAGAUGAGGAGCAGAGCAGAGCAGCUUCUCCGCACCCGCAGGUUCUCUGAGUCAAUCGAGCUCUGCUCCGAAGCUCUCCGCAUCUCUUCCUGGGCCACUGGCUUCAACGCUGCAGUUCUCCUCACCCGGGCCUCCUGCUGGGUUGAGCUCAAGUCGCUCGAGAAGGCGAUCAAUGACUGCUCCUCCUCCCUCGACCUGAACCCCCGGCUGGUCAAGGCUCUGAUCUGCCGAGCUCGAUGCUACAUGCAGCGAUCGGAGUACGAGGAGGCAGCCGAGGACUUCGAGCGAGCAGCGCAGGUCGACCCCACCCAGAAGCUUCUGCUGCAGCACGAGAUGAGCGAGGCGAGGAGGAAGGCGUCUGCUCCUUCCGACUACUACAAGGUCCUCGGCGUCAGCCCCUCUGCGACAGACAAGGAGAUCCGAGCAGCGUACAAGAAGUUGGCGCUGCAGUUCCAUCCCGAUAAGCAGAGCGGAGGAGGCGAAGCUGCAGGCCGAGCCGAGCGGCAGUUCAAGCUCCUAUCCGAGGCCUACGCAGUGCUGUAUGAUGAGCAGAAGAGGAAAGAGUAUGACAGGAGCAGAAACCAGAACGCGUUCGAGAACAGGGAGUUCUCGCAUGGCUGGAACCAUUCCUUUAAUUCGAAGCGAUCGAGCAAGCAGUGGGACCAACGCUCAAGGUCGUAUAACUCAUGGCAGCAUAGGUAG